UGCCCUGGCGGUGCUGGCCCAGCCUGGCCUCUGGAGGUCCUCCCCUGUCGAGGACCCGGGGGACAGCGGGAGGGGCUUGGGGGGAGGAAGGAAGGGAACAGACACCGUGCCUGUGGGCUCUCUGGAUGCAGAAGCCGGACUCACUGCAGAGGCAGCUGUGCUGUUCCUGGGGCCUCUGGGGUGCAUCCAGCUCUCAGGACUCGACCUGGCAGGCUCCAAGUUCCAGGGCACGCAAGGUGGGUGCCUCCCUUCUGGGCGCUGACAACACAACCUGCCCUUCCUCUGCCACCAUGAGCGGCUGCUCCAAAAGAUGCAAGCUUGGGUUCGUGAAAUUUGCCCAGACCAUCUUUAAGCUCAUCACGGGGACCCUCAGCAAAGAUAAGAUUGAAGACGAGCUGGAGAUGACCAUGGUUUGCCAUCGGCCUGAGGGGCUGGAGCAGCUGGAGGCACAGACCAACUUCACCAAGAGGGAGCUGCAAGUCCUUUAUCGAGGUUUCAAAAACGAGUGCCCCAGCGGCGUGGUCAAUGAAGAGACAUUCAAGCAGAUCUACGCUCAGUUUUUCCCUCAUGGAGAUGCCAGCAUGUAUGCCCAUUACCUCUUCCAUGCCUUUGACACCACGCAGACAGGCUCCGUGAAGUUCGAGGACUUUGUAACUGCUCUGUCAAUUUUACUGAGAGGAACCGUCCAUGAGAAACUAAGAUGGACAUUUAAUUUGUACGACAUCAAUAAAGAUGGAUACAUAAACAAAGAGGAGAUGAUGGACAUCGUCAAAGCCAUCUAUGACAUGAUGGGGAAAUACACAUAUCCCGUGCUUAAAGAAGACACUCCAAGGCAGCACGUGGACAUCUUCUUCCAGAAAAUGGACAAAAAUAAAGAUGGCAUCGUGACUUUAGACGAAUUUCUUGAAUCCUGUCAGGAGGAUGACAACAUCAUGAGGUCCCUCCAGCUCUUCCAAAAUGUCAUGUAACUGUGAACGCAGCCAUCCGGCUCUCAGAGACAUACUGAACAGCCAACUGAGCACCUUGAUCGGCCCUCCUGCUGAUUUUAACUGACUCUUGGGACAGAAACACCUUUUACACUUUGGAAGAACUCUCUGUGAAGACGUACUAUGGAACCCAGGACCACGUGGCUCAGUCUCUGAUUGCCAGCUCUUCCUCCUCCCUCUUCUUGAGAGAGACAAGAUGAAGUCGGGUUUCUUUCGGAAGCAUGCUCCCCUCCUCACACUGCUGCCCUGGGGAAGGCCCCUUUGCUUGAGCUUAAACAGUAGUGCACACUUUUCUGCUUGCGUGUCCCAGGCCACUCCUCCAAGCCCAGCAGACCUUGAUGUAUCUGGAAGCAAGAUGACUUGAGCCAAACACGCACCAUCCUCUGGCCUCCCAAACCGAUGUGCCUGUUUCCCUUUCUCUGGUGGGAAGAAUGAGUGUUACACAGCACAGUCAGAAUCUACCGUGACUAGGCUGGGAGAGCCAGCUCCUAACGUGUGUAGGGUAGGACUGAACUACGAAGCAUGGCAUUGUCUGAUGACCCUAACCGCCCAUGUGCUUUGUUUCCAAAGGCAAGGACAGCAGUGCCCUCUCAUAUUAGCAUCUGCGCGAGUGGUGCAGGUCCCUCAACAUGCACAGGAAGGGGGCCAGUGCCCAGUGACCCAUGCCUCACUCCAUCUCCUGCUGAGUCCAGCACUGCA